AUGUCGUCGAGCUCCAAUAAACCGCCAGACCUUGACCUCUCGGAAUACUUGGACGUCUCUCAGGAAGAGAACCUGACAGAGGAUGAAUACCGUAAGAUCUACGAGGAUGGGGAAAUUAGACGGUUCUUGCACGUCUUCUCAUCGUAUGUCUCUGAGGUUAGGGCCGUAGACUCUCCAGAUGACGAGGAGCCGCAGUGGCCAGAGAACCAUGAUCAGUGUCUGUCCGAGUAUGUUGCUCGGGAGGUGUAUCGCCUCAUGAAGCUCGCGAAUGAAACAAGGAAACUCCAAGUGGGAUCAAGUCGAGCGAGGACACGAUCAAGAACCCCAGAAGGCGAUCGAAGUGCUCCUGAUGCACGUCCUGGGAGAGGAAAUCCUCUUCGCGAAGUCCCUUCCAGCGUCGAUGAACAAGAGGACGACCUUGAACUGCGAGACUUCAAGAGGCUUGCCCUCCAUGUUGCGACUUGCAUUGUCGACUUGCAUGAGAGAUUCCAAAAUAUAUUCAAAUGGCGGAACCCUGCUGCUUCCAAGCGCUACACUCUGGCCCUUUUCCUUCUCUUCGUUGCCGUUCUCCUUGUGCCGACCUGGUAUCUGGCCAAGGCGACAUGGUUUGGCGUCGGCUUUGUCUUCUGGCAUGUUACCCCUGUCAUUGACAGCCUCAGUCCUCGAGGGUUCAGUCGGCUUCCACCUCUUUUCGGAGACGUUCCAACAGAUACCGAUUAUGCAAUGAAACUCAUCUCUCAACGGGUUGCCUCUGGCCAGCCUGUGUUGCCUCCGCCGUCUCCUCAUAAAUUCCAUUCCCGUAGCAAGUCUGAAGAGACUAAGCCGAAGAAGCUUUUUUACGCUAAAGGAAUAGGAGAAAUUGGCAAGUUGAUGUCCCACGAGGCACAACGGAUUCAGCGAUAUGCAACGGACAUAUCGGAACAUACAUCCGGAGGGAGACGCAGAUUGCAUCCGGUUAUUGCGAAUGCAAUCGCCAUUGCACAUCCCACGGCCAACGCGGACGUCCACACAUAUCCCUGUCAUUACGGAGCAACUACUCCAGGACUGAUCACAUUAACGCCCAGGCGACUUUACUUCACCUCUCUUUUCUCGGACAGUACGAAGAAAGAGAUCGCUGUCGAUGAUAUUUCCGGCGUCAAGAAGGCAGGAUUGCUCAAGGGAUUGCACAUCACUGCCCAUUCGGCUGGGGCAAUCACAGAGGAGGAGGUCAAAUUUUCUUACGUUGCAAACAGGGAUGAUUUAUUUGCUAGACUUGUCGGGCUUGGAAAGCAGCGUUGGAAGAGCAUCUAG